AUGGCAUCCAACCAGCAGUCACUUCAACGCUCCACGACACCGGUUGGAACCCGCGAGAAGACCUACUUUGAGCAGCAGCGGGAGGCGCUGAUUGAUGAGAUAGCUAUGAGCUUCGAACACGUCCUCGCCAAUAUCAACAAGUUGAACCGGUCUCUCGAGGCCGUAGUCGCCGUUGGCAACGAGUUUUCGUCCGUCGAGGCGUUGUGGUCGCAGUUCGAAGGCGUCAUGGCGAAGGAUCCCGACGAGGGUACACCCGAAGGUGAGGGACAAAGGCAACAGGAUCGGAACGACGGCGAGAGCGGCGAAUCGGCGGCGGCUAGAAAAAGCUGA